UUCUGGCACUUUCUGGGAGCUGCGGGCGUGCGGCUCACAGACCUUCUGGCCGGAAACCCGCGCGCUCCUGCUACCAGGGCCCUCGUCGUCAGCGCCGCCAUGGCCAAGUGGGGCCAGGGUGACCCGCGCUGGAUCGUGGAGGAGAGGGAGGACGGGACCAACGUGAACAACUGGCACUGGACUGAGCGGGAUGCCACCGUUUGGUCCAAGGGGAAGCUCCGAGAGCUCCUGGUUGGCAUUGCUAUGGAAAAUGAGGCUGGCCGAUGUGUGAUCAGUGAGUUGAAGCAGGUGGAAGGUGAGGCUUCUUGUAACAGCCGCAAAGGGAAGCUUAUUUUCUUCUAUGAAUGGAACAUCAAGCUGGCCUGGAAAGGUACAGUUAAAGAAUCUGGUGCAAAACACAAGGGAUUGAUUGAAAUACCCAGCCUUUCUGAAGAAAAUGAAGUCCAUGACACCGAGGUGAACGUGAGUAAAAAGAAAGGAGAUGGGGAAAUACUGAAGGAUCUUAUGAGAACAACAGGCACCGCCAAGGUCAGGGAGGCCCUUGGAGAGUACCUGAAGGCACUCAAGACGGAAUUUACAACAGGAAUGAUUUUACCAACAAAAGCUGUAACAACCCAGGAACUGACUCUCCAGAGGAAACUGACCGAAAACACAUUGCAGGCUUCUCCAGUGGCACUGGGUGUGAGGAUUCCCACAGUAGCUUUACACUUGACAGAGCUAUUUGACACGACAGUAGAAAAGCUGUACAGUAUCUUCACUGUAAAAGAAUUGGUGCAAAAGUUUUCCAAAUCUCCCGCUGUAUUAGAAGCUGAAAAGGGAGGGAAAUUCCAGAUGUUUGAUGGGAAUAUCACUGGAGAAUACGUGGAACUGGUAACAAAUAGGAAAAUCAUCAUGAAAUGGAGAUGUAGGAACUGGCCAGAAGAACACUAUGCAACAGUUGAACUGAAUUUUGUGCCUGCUCCAGGGCAAACGGAAUUAAAAUUGGACUGUAAAGGAGUUCCUGUCUGUCAAGAGGAGAAUACGAAAUUCUGUUGGCAGAAGCAGCACUUUGAAGAAAUAAAAGGUUUCCUUCAGCUCACCACCCUGAAGGCUUUGAAUUAGUUAGGUUUUAUAAAGACAUCCUUUUUUAAGCAGAAACCUGUCCUGUGUACUUACCUCUUUUUUUCUUCCUUAAAAAAUACCUCCCCUCAAGGCCCUUAAUUUAUUUUGUAUUGGAUGAAAUUCAUGAAACAACAUAAUCUAAAAGCAUUGUUUAAAAUAUUUUAGACUCUGCAUUGAGUGAAAUCAGGUGUCAUAGCUCACCUUCCAUGAGUGUUCCUCUGAGAAAAGGAGGUGAGGCUGAGCUCCCCAGAGGAUGCUACUUGAUUGCUACAGGUGAUUUAUGCUUAAGACAAAUAAAUGGCAUGUUAUACUACUCCUUUAUUCUAAGCCAGUUUCCAAGGUGUAGUUCUUCAGAGGGUUGCGGUGAGGGCUAGGUGGCUGCAUUCUGUUACACUUGUCUGGCUCUCCUUGCUGUCUUCCAAGCAGUCAGACACCUGUGGAUAGAGGAUGAGAUAUCUGCAUGGUAAAUUAACUGCUUUGGACUGGGGAGGACUUCUCAAAUAGCAGAAUGGCCAUGUAGUUCUUCAGUCUCUUUACUGCUGUCAUUUGCAGAAACUGAAACAACUUAUGUAACAAAGGAAAAAUUACCACAGUUUGUAAGUACACAGAACAGCAGUCAUGUCAAUAAAAAUAAAACAAUUAUUUUUA